CAGAUCACAAAUUUCGUUCCCUUUCUCUCUCUCUCUCUUUCUAUUCUCUCCUUCUCUCUUUCUCUCUCUAACAUUCAACUUCGACCGAACACAAGCAAAAACACAGAACACAAAACAAAAAAACAAAAACACAAAAACAACAACGUAGCUCUCCCAGAAACCGCAACCUCAAAAACAUCAACAAAAAAAAUCAACGUCAAAAAUUCCCAUUCAUUGUCGUUUAAUUCUCACCCCGUCGUCGUUUUGACACCGACAAGAUGUCGUCCGGCGGCCCAACAACAGCCUCGUCCAACACCAGCCCAAGGGUCGCCGCGGGUCCCACCACCACACGCAGACGCGUACCCGACAUCAACAACAACAUCGACACAGAGAAACAGACACAACACCAACAAACACAAAGCUUCACAGAUUUCUCCGAACUCGAACCGGACGACCCCGUUUUAUUAAACAGUACCGUCCACCACCACGCGCACGUGCACCACCACCUACAUCCCAUCACGCGCUACCUUCUCCUACGCGCCCGCAUUCUACUAUGCGUCCCGGAAACUGUCAUUCUCCGGUUGGAACAGUUUUUUCUCUGGCUGUCCGGUUCGGUUCAGGGUCUCCGGUCCGGGAAAAACGUGGGCCGGAAGAUCUUUGUGGUUCUGAUCGUGAUGGUUGUUAUGUCGGUUUUUUUUAAGGUUUCGUUGUUUAUUGGUGGUGGGGUUGAAAUGAAUGGGAAGAGUAUUGAAAAUGGACAAUUGAUUUUGCAACGGUUUAAGGAAGAUUGGGCUUCGGCUCAAAGGGUUGUCACUGAAACUGAAACUGAAACUUCCAUGCCUAAAAGGGUCCUUGAAAGAUUGGCUACUCCAGAAAUAUGGAUGAAGCCAAACAGUGACAAGUAUUAUCAAUGUGUGUCACGACCUAGGAACCGGAUGAAAACGUCAAAAACUAACGGCUAUCUUCUUGUUCAUGCAAACGGUGGAUUGAAUCAAAUGAGAACUGGGAUAUGUGAUAUGGUUGCAGUGGCAAAAAUAAUGAAUGCCACACUUGUUCUUCCUGCUCUUGACCAUGAAUCAUUUUGGACUGAUCCAAGUGACUUUAAAGAUAUUUUUGAUUGGCGGCGCUUCAUGAAAGUGUUGAAAGAUGACAUCGAUAUUGUUGAGUACUUGCCUAUUCGGUACUCGUCUCUCAAGCCUUUUGUUAAGGCUCCGGUUUCAUGGUCUAAGGCUAGUUACUACAGAAGUGAGAUUCUUCCUAUGCUGAAGAAACACAAGGUUGUACAAUUUACUCAUACAGAUUCAAGACUUGCGAACAAUGGUCUUGCUUCGUCUAUUCAGAAACUUAGGUGCCGUGCCAAUUACCAUGCUCUUAAGUAUACGGUUGAGAUCGAGGAGCUUGGAAAGACCUUGGUUGAUAGGCUACGAAAUAACGAUGAGCCUUAUAUUGCCCUUCAUUUAAGAUAUGAGAAAGACAUGCUGGCUUUUACUGGCUGUAGUCAUAAUCUUACGACUGACGAGGCCGAGGAACUUAGGGUUAUGAGAUAUGAAGUGAAGCAUUGGAAGGAAAAAGAGAUCGACAGUGUCGAUCGACGGUUGCAAGGAGGGUGCCCUAUGUCACCUAGAGAAGCAGCCAUUUUUCUCAAAGCCAUGGGGUAUCCUUCAACUACAACAAUCUAUAUUGUUGCAGGACCUAUAUAUGGUGGCAAUAGUAUGGCAGCCUUCCGCGCCGAGUAUCCAAAUGUCUUUACGCAUUCCACCCUCGCGACUGAUGAGGAAUUAGAGCCUUUCAAGCCGUAUCAAAACCGUCUAGCUGCUUUGGAUUAUAUUGUUGCACUUGAAAGUGAUGUUUUUGUUUAUACUUAUGACGGAAACAUGGCUAAGGCGGUGCAGGGCCAUAGGAGGUUUGAAGGAUUUCGGAAAACCAUCAAUCCAGAUAGAUCAAGUUUUGUAAAUCUUAUUGAUCGAUUUGAUGUCGGCUCAAUAUCUUGGGAGAAAUUUUGUUCAGAAGUUAAAAAAUUGCACGCCGAACGGCUAGGUGCGCCUUAUCUAAGACAGGUAGGCGAAACACCAAGGAUCGAAGAGAAUUUUUUCGCCAACCCUUUUCCCGGUUGUGUCUGUAACAAGUCUCAAGAGCUAAUUACAAGCCAAAAACUAGACCAAAGAUUUGGCAUUCUACCACAAAGAUGAUAAUAUCUUAGUUUUUGUCAUAUAAUGACAACAAAAGGCCAAAACAUUGGAGCUUCAUCAUGUUAUUAUUAUGGCACUACCUUAAAGUUUAAGGUAACUCAUAUGAGUUGUGGUUGGAAUGUGCUUUUCUUUGUCUAUAGCCUAUUUGAUGAGGCUGUUGAAGAAUCAAAAGGAACCUCAUUUUAUUCAAAAUACUAGUUUGAGUUUAGGUAUACAAAAAGGGUAAAGAAUAGAAAGUUUGUGAAUAAUGUAAAGGGAAAAACUAAAGGUUAGAAAAUUAUACUAGGGGUGUUGGAGUUAUUGUUGUUGGAGUUACAAUGUUAAAAUCAUUGGAUUUAUUGAUUAUUUUUUGGAGGAUCAUGGGUGAAAGGGGGCAUAAUUGGAUUCAUUUUUUGGAUUGAAGGCUUGUAUAAAUUGCUUUUGUACUUUACAAUUCAUAUUUUGUUUAUAUUUAGAUUUAAGAUGUGUACCUUGAAUUGUUGGGCUAUAUAAAUUUUGAUGAUUUGGAUUA